AUGCCCCCUGUUUGGCUUGCCCGCUGGAAGACGCGAGGAUCGAUGGAGCUGCGACACUACCAGGUCCCGCUCGCUGUGAAAGAAUAUGUUGUGAAUCAGAUCAAACAGGUGCUGAGGGAGAAGGGCGUAAAGCAUUGGUCGAAGUGGGUGCGCGAGGAUUUACGAAAUUCCACGAACGAUGUACGGUCAAACCGCAAACGACAACUAGUCGAAACAUACCCGGGGCUCCUUCCCGGUCAUUACAGGACUGCCCUUGAAAGCGAAGCUUGGCUACCAAUAUACAUUCUCACUGCUACUAUACCCCACUCGGAUCUCAAAGACACGCCAUUUGAUACGAACUUAGAACUGUGUAUAGUUACCUGGAGACACCAAUCUGGCCUGGUGGGCAUUACAUUUUACAACAAUCACCUUCCAGAGACUACCCAUCCAUCCCACUUUAUUGUCGAUGGUGCAACCACGGAACUAUCAAACAAAUUGCAUCCGGACAGCGGAGGUGUCGGUUUUAUACAUGCAACCCAAUUCUUGCAGGAAGAGUUGGAUCGACACUUGACCGAAUUGGAGAAAACAGAGAAGCCGCACAUUGAAGCCGAAAACACCGGUAUAUGUUUUCGCAUAGGCCAUCAGCUGGGGAUGCUCAAUUGGUGCAAGAAUGAAGGAGUUGCGAAUCAGCUAGGCGCGAAGGUGGAAAGCCUGGUGCCAUCAAGCUUGGAAGGAAUUCUGGCAUCUGGCGACACGGACUCAUCAAAGGGGAGAAGAAUUCAUGAAAACAGAGUUGUGAUCACAUAUAAUCGUCGCUUUGCGCUUGGACUGUCGGUGAAAGCCACCGGCGUGGACAAGGCCACUGAGCCAUCCCACGAGAUUCCUCUCAUAAAAGCGGACGAAGUUGUCAUUACUAUACUUGGUCUUCCAAGUAAACUCACUCCAGAGCACAUAUUCUCUGGUGUAUUCGGUGUCAUGCGCCAACCUCGUACAUGGAAGAUCCAAAACUGGACGCCGCAUAGUCCAACAAUCCACUUCUUCAAGCCUUCAGAAGUUUCACCUUCCUUGUCUCGUACGCCAGAUUUCCAUGAACCGCCUUUCUAUCAUCGUGACCAGCUGAUCCUCUCCGGACCUCCGCUGAACAAACUCGGCAUCAACUACGUCGGCGAUCUUCUACUGACAGGUGACCGAACCAUAGUGAUUACUGCAGGGCCCUUAUUUGACGAGUACAAGCGGCAUCUCUCCGCGGCCGUCGACUUGGCAUUUCGUACCAUGCCUGAGCUCGCUGUAGAGCUCGCCGUGGACAUACUGACUGACCACGGCAACCACGAUGGGACUAUCAGCCGAGUGCUGACCCCUGCCGACACGGAAGGCAAGGACGCUUAUCGACGCGCAUUUACAGCAGCAUGGCGAAGGCUGGACCCUUCGUUGUCCGAUGACGAGCAGCUCUUCCCUGUCUCCGGGGCUGAAGCAGCACUUGUCCAGGAGCUCGGCAAGACUGGGCGUCCCGUGCACCCGCACGUCAAGACGAUACUCGCCAGGUCGGGUGCGUACCCUGAUAUCAGGUUGCACGCAGAAUCGCUGCUCCUGCAGGCGCGAUCAUGUUCGAUCUAUGUCCCGGGAGUCGACCGCUUGCGCCGCGCGCUGGCUACCCUUCUACCGGGCGUGACGGAGAACCAGCUGGCCGUUCGGCAGUUCAAUCACUCCCAACCGACGAUCGUCUGGGAUAUGGUGACAGAAGUGUUCGUCAUGGGCGUCCCUGCGCCGUGCGAGAAUCACGGAGACGGCGGCUGUGUUUGUUGGGUGGGCCCGUAUCUCGCGGAUGCCGUUGCGAGCUGGGAAAACAGGAAUGCUGGCGCCGAGAUGCUGUCAAAGGCUGCGAUGUACCGGGUGUAUUUAAAUAGCAUGGAAGGGGUCCACACCGACGAUAUGCAAGAGCCGUCCAACAGCAAAAAUGAAGAGGUCAAUGGUAAUACUUCCCCUCCCCCUCAACCUGCCGUUAAUGACGAAGACGAGGACGACAAUGAACUAGGCUAUAUCACUGUCGUUUCUCAUGCCACAACACCAAUGCAAGCCACCCUGCGAGCAUAUGGCACACCGAGAUCCAUCUCUCCUCGUCGUGUGCUCCUCACACCUGCAAGCCCAGACCGACGAACAUCUUCGGUACCGGCGCUAGUUGCAGCAGCCACCUCGUCUCAAAGCCCCAGAAGAACUCCUGCUUUGGAAGCACCGCCACCGAAAACUAAUGAUACAGGUUCUACUUCCCACCACCCGCCGACCGAGGACAACUGUGAUACCAUAGAAGACUUGUGGCAGGACAUGAAAGAACGGAUCGAGAAGUUCACGCAUGCGCGUCUGGACAAGGAGCGCCGCUCCGCGCAGGAAAAGGAGAACGCCGUAAUCGAACAAGUCACUCAUCUCCAAGCCGUUUCGGAUACGCAUGAACGGGAACGCAGGGAGCAUUUGCAGGCGUUGGAGACCAAGGGGAAGGAGCUCAUGGAAUGUGACCUCUUAUUGCAGCGCAAAGACGAGACCAUCCGGGAUAGGGACGCGCGCAUCGCACAGCAGAAGCAGUCGCUGAAGUCGCAAGCUCGGCGCAUUCGCAAGUUGGAGGACAACGUGAAUAAACUGGAGAAUCGCGAGAGAGUCCGUGCACAGAAGCUGCAGACGGAGCUGGAAAGCAUGAAGCGGCGUAUCUCUGUUGCCUUCAGCGAGCAUGAGGAGGAAGAGUACGAGGAGAAGGAUCCUCCAGAGGAACCACCGAGCAAAAAAUUGAGAUCUGACUGA